UUUUGAUUCAGCUCGUGAUUUUUUUUGGCGUUCAGUGAAGGGUCUCACUGGAGGAACAACAAAACAAAACUCAGAAAAAAACGAUAGAAUUUAAACGAUUUCUUAAGGACAAGUGAUACUACAUUCCCACAAAUAACUGCCAAAAAUUCUAUAGUGCUGCACAAUUUCCAGAUCCCAUCCUAAAGGCUAGAGCUAGAGUUAUGGUAAGAUGUGCACAAAAGAUAACAAUGGGGAUUCCGAUUCAUUAAUCAAUUAUAUCGAUUUCAUACAGGGUGAUAACCAGAUAUGCGACAUAAGCAACGAAGUUCUGACGGAAUUGAAGAAGUUCAGAUUCAGCAAGAGCAAAAAUAAUGCCGCUUUGAUAUUGAAAGUCGACCGGGAGAAGCAAUCAGUGGUACUGGAUGAGUUUAUCGACGAUAUCUCAGUAGACGAACUGCAGGACACAUUGCCAGGACACCAGCCCCGAUAUGUCAUCUAUACGUAUAAGAUGGUGCAUGACGAUCAGCGCAUUUCGUACCCAAUGUGCUUUAUAUUCUACACACCAAGGGAUAGUCAGAUCGAAUUGCAGAUGAUGUAUGCCUGCACAAAAAGCGCCCUUCAGCGCGAAGUAGAUCUCACACGCGUCUACGAAAUACGCGAACUAGACGAACUCACCGAGGAGUGGCUAAGAGCCAAGCUCAAGUAGAGAGGUUUCGAUCUCUGGGAUCAAUCAAUCCGGGCCGUUGUCAAAAGCAAUAUUUUAUAGUUCUCUGAUUGAUUUUUGAGCUUUUUAUAUACAUAUUCAAACUGGAUCAAGCCGAUACCAACGAUGCAUACCA